UUUCCUCUCGCGGUCUGCGAUUGCGUGCCGUUUGAACUUUCAGCUUGCCGUACAAAAACAAGAAUGGCGGCUUCCGUGAACGUUCACGUCCGAAUAUGUGGACAAGAAAUUGUCAAGUAUGACCUCGAAAUUAAAGCUUUAGUUCAGGACAUCAGAGAUUGUACUGGACCCCACUCUGAGCUCACACAGCUGAACUCUCAGGUCAAACAGGCCUUCAACAAGCUCAGGCUCAGAAUACAGGUCAGGCCUCAGUCACACGUGCACAUUGCUCUUUGUUUUGUUACCUUUGACACGUUUCUUGCUGAAAGCUGGAAUGAUGGCACUCGGUGUUGGACGCUGUGUUGUUGUCAGGAUUUGGAGCAGAUGGCCCGAGAGCAGGACAGAGACAGUGAUAUGCAGUCCAUCCUGGCAGAGACAGAGAGACAGCGAAGGCAGAUGCUGAGUAAUCAGACAGCGUGGCGAAAGGCCAACCUGGCGUGUAAACUAGCCAUUGAUAACAUGGAGAAGGACGAGCUGCUGCGUGGAGGUGAAAGCCUCAAUGCCAGACACAGGAAGGCAACCAAAGAAAGUUUGGUAGAAACCAGCAGCAAUAUUACAAAGAAUCUGAUGUCAGUCAGCAGGUUGAUGGCCGAACAGGUGAAACAGAGUGAGGACACCAUCAGCACUCUGGCCACAUCCUCGAGAACAGUGCAGGAAACCAAUGAGGAGUUUAAAGCCAUAACAGGAACCAUCCAUCUGGGGAGGAAACUGAUCCUCAAGUACAACAGACGAGAGCUGACGGACAAGUUGCUGAUUUUUCUGGCUCUGGCACUCUUCCUGUCAACCGUCCUCUACAUCUUGAAGAAACGCCUCGUCCCCUUCCUUUAGGUCCCCAGCUCUUCUCUGCUCCAACUCCAAGAACUCUCGACCUCACUGAGGAUGACAAAGAGCAGGUUUGGCGGGUCAGCAAUACGCACUCAGAUUAAAGAGCAGCACGUCAAGGAGCUGUUGGGUGCCGUCAGGCCACCACCUUGUUGAACAGUGUGGAAUUUCAUAGCAAAUUAAUGGUGUAAAAGUCAGAACCUUAAUGUUUCUCCACAGAGGAACAAUCCUUCAGCUGAUGGGACAAUAACAUCAAACAAGGUGACAACAAUCAACAGGUUUAAACAUCAUCAGGUGUUAAAACUGAACCAGUCACACCGUGCAAUAAUCUUCAAUUUAAUCAGUGUCAAAUUACUGUGUGUGUGUGUUAGUUUUAUCUGCAGCGAUCUACCAAAGCUGAAUGUUUCUGCAGUACCUUUCUUCCAUUCAGACUACUGAACCCGACACGUGUAUGUUACUGACUCUGAGGGCAGCUGACAUGUUUGUCAUUAUUGAUGAUGUCUGAAUAAAGUUGCAUACUUCCCAGCA